UCUCAUACGGAUCAACUGUUCCAGCAUCUUACCUUAACUCAUGUAAGAAGAGACCUACUGGGGACACCAUCAAUCAUUAAAAACCUUUUUGACCAUUUCCAAAUUCCAAUAAAAACUUAUCAAUAACCCACACAUGGAUAUCUCAAAGAAUUCUCUCUAUCAUUUUGGUAUUGUAUCUCUUCUCUUUUCAGGCGUCCUUUAUAUUUGUAUUUGGUCCCCUCCAAAUACUAAUCCAUUGUUACUUUUUCAAGAGUCCGCCUGUUUGCGCUCAACAAGCUUUACUCAUACAACAGAUCUCGUUAUAGAUGAUCUUGAAGCAGUUCUACAGAAAGCUUCAAUGCCCAACAAAACAGUGAUUAUCGCCGUCGUGAAUAAAGCAUAUGUUGAACAAACCGUGGAAGCUGAUACCACUAUGCUUGAUAUAUUCUUGGAAAGUUUCUGGUUAGGGGAGGGCACCAGACAACUACUUGAUCAUCUUCUUAUAGUGGCAGUAGAUCAGACGGCGUAUGAUCGGUGCAUGUUUAAACGAUUGCACUGCUACAGAUUGGUAACGGACGGCGUAGAUUUUGCCAGUGAAAAAGUGUACAUGUCAAGAGAUUUUAUCAAGAUGAUGUGGAGAAGAACUCAGUUUCUAUUGGAUGUUCUUAAACGUGGUUACAACUUCAUCUUCACGGAUACUGAUGUAAUCUGGCUCAGAAACCCUUUUACACGACUAAGCAAAAAGGAAACCGUAGACCUGCAAAUGAGUGUUGAUACUUACAAUGGUGACCCACGAUCACAGGACAAUUUGAUUAAUACAGGCUUCUACUUUGUCAGAUCCAAUAACAAAACAAUCUCUUUAUUUACCACAUGGUAUGGUAUGAAAGACAAUUCAACAGGGAAGAAAGAUCAGGAUGUGUUAUUGGAGCUAAUGACACAGGGUUUGUUUAAGAAAUUGAGGCUGAGAGUUAGGUUUUUACCUACACUUUAUUUCAGUGGGUUUUGUGAAAAUAGCAAAGAUAUUUGGUUAGUCACAACAAUUCAUUCUAAUUGUUGCCGCCAUGUGGAUGCAAAAGUGCAAGAUUUGAAGGCUGUUCUUCGAGAUUGGAAACGAUUCAAGGAGGCCAAAGUUAAGAACCCAAGAAUGGCUCCUAAUCGAACCAUGGUGACUCGGUGGUCAGAACACAUAGCGUGUUUCAAUUCAUGGAAACCACCAAACAAUAAUUUGCGUAAUUAAUUAGAUUGUUUAGUGCAUACCCAGGAUUGCGUUAUUACUGAUUAUAUUUGUUUAUAUUACUGAUCAAACUAGCUUAUAAACUCUAAAAUUAAACUGACAUGUUUGUU